CUUAAACCCUAGUCUCCUCCAUCGCGUCACUGAGCAACGCUCACCAGUCUCAAAUGGCGAAAACCCUCUCCCGCUCCACGGCCUCACGAAUCGCUACUCGUCUCUUCUCCACCUCCAGAACCAUCUCUCCUUCUCCUCUUCCUUCUCACUCUACCCUCAUUUCCCGUCGAUCCUCUCCCACUCUGUUCCAUGCCAUCGGAUUCAUCCCCGAUUCGACCCGUCUGACGACGAUCCGAACCCGGAUGGAUAGGUCCGGCGGAUCGUAUUCGCCGCUUAAAUCCGGAUCCAGUUUCAGCGACCGAGCACCUACAGAGAUGGCGCCGUUGUUCCCUGGCUGCGAUUACGAGCAUUGGCUCAUUGUUAUGGAUAAGCCCGGCGGAGAAAACGCGAGUAGACAGCAAAUGAUCGAUUGUUAUGUUCAGACUCUUGCCAAAAUUGUCGGAAGUGAGGAAGAAGCUAAGAGGAAGAUCUACAAUGUUUCUUGUGAGAGGUAUUUUGGGUUUGGUUGUGAGAUUGAUGAGGAGACAUCAAACAAACUCGAAGGGAUUCCUGGUGUUCUUUUCGUGCUUCCUGACUCUUAUGUUGAUCCAGAGUACAAAGAUUACGGAGCCGAGUUGUUUGUGAAUGGAGAGGUAGUCCCGCGUCCACCGGAGAGACAGAGGAGGAUGGUGGAGUUAACGACUCAUAGAAGCUCGGAUCGACCCAAGUACAAUGACAAAACCAGGAAUGUCCGACGAAGAGAUAAUAUGCGUUAA